AUGCUUUUUGGAAAGAAAAAGACACAUAAGAAGGAUAAGACAGGCAAGAAAACCCUCCUUACUGAUGAAGAGCAGGCCAACCCCUCUGAUGGGCUCCAACAGCCUGAUUAUGAGAAGCCUAGGCCAAGAGGAAUAACCCGAUUCUGCAAGGUAAGGUAUUACCAGAAGUUCUUUAAUGUAUCAACAAAAGAAGUUGUUAGGAGGGUCCUUUUGGCAAUGAUGCCGUUUAACACGACGCCUAUCUUCCCUAAUGGGAAACCAGAUCUGUACGGACCACUAUGGAUCUACAUCUGUUUGUCAAUAUGCAUAGUCAUAUGUGGUCAUUUUUCAAAUGUUAUGGACUUUGAAUUCAUUGACAAUCAUCCUCCCAAACUUCAGUAUGAAGCUCAGAUGAGGAAGAUCACCAAACUAUGGUUCAUGACUUCUUUCUAUUUCUUUGUAGUCCCAUUGAUUAUCCACGGGAUAUGCUUCUUCUUUGGGAGCGGAUCUCCAGGGUACCAGAGAACACUGGCCAUUUAUGGAUACAGUUUUGCUAUAUUCAUCCCUGCUACCGUAAUACUGGUUCCUCCCAUCGAAUACCUCAGGUAUGCCACCCUUGGAGUGGCUGGUUUCAUCAGUCUCUUGUUUAUAAGUAAAGAGCUCAUGGAUGCAGGCAAGAAGUAUUUGGAGCAGAAAUGGGUCACUGCCAUUGCAAUCAUGUGAGCAAUCCUGCACAUUAUAUUCUGCCUCAUGCUCAAGUUCUAUUAUUUUGAUUAAGAAGUAAGCUUUCAAGUACUCGUUUUGAUCAGAUUACUGGCUCUUCUGGCUUCUUUCAGAAGUCUGGGAAAUUUUAAAUUUCCAGUAGAUUUUUAUCAACAAUUUUGGUUUUAUAAGAUUC